AUGCUCUCUGUGCCCAGCAGCGAGCCUUGGGCUGCAGUCCAACCCUCGUGGUCGCAGUACCACCCCCGCGACGAAAAGCUCUCCCGCGCACAGAGCAGAUCCUGGCUGGCCAGCUUCGCCCCGUCCGUGCACACACUUCCCCUCAGCGAGAAACAUCCCUGGGAGUCUUCGGACCCGUCCCUCAUCAGGUGCGUCUCCCGAUGGGCCCGCCACAGACUGCCCUCCUUCGAGCUCCCUGUCCUUCCUCCCCUUCCCUCUCCCUCCGCCGUCCGCUUCGUCCUCCUCUGCGCACUCUGGUACACCACCUCCGCCCUGUCCUCCAACACCGGCAAAAUCAUCCUCACACAGUUCCGCUACCCCAUCACCCUCACCUUCAUCCAGUUCGGCUUCGUCGCAGCCUACUGCCUCCUCUUCAUGAGCCCUCUCGUACACUUCUCCACCUUCAGGCCCCCUUCUCGCGCCAUCUUCCAGAGCACCAUCCCCAUGGGCUUCUUCCAGGUCGGCGGUCACAUUUUCAGCAGCAUGGCCAUCUCCCGCAUACCCGUCAGCACCGUGCAUACUAUCAAGGCUCUAUCACCGCUGUUCACCGUCGCAGCCUACGCACUCCUCUUCCGAGUCCGCUACUCCCCAAAGACCUACCUCUCGCUCCUGCCGCUGACCCUCGGCGUCAUGCUCGCUUGCAGCUUUGACAUGACAGCAGGCAAUGCCAUGGGGCUGCUAUGCGCCUUCGGUUCGUCUUUGGUCUUUGUGACCUCCAAUAUUUUCUUCAAGAAAAUCAUGCCCUCCAAUGGAGGCAGCACCGCACACAAGCUCGACAAGCUGAACCUCCUCUUCUACUCGUCCAGCAUGGCCUUCCUGCUCAUGGUCCCCAUCUGGGCGUACUACGAUCUGCCCUUGCUGCUCGCGGCUGCCGCCGAUCCGGCCCAUGUCUCACACCCCCCGCACGACGGCGGUGCGCACAGCGCGCACUUCCACACCCUGGCGCAGCACGUGCUCGCGAACGGCACGGUGCACUUUGCGCAGAACAUCAUCGCCUUCGUCCUCCUCGCCCAGACGUCCCCGGUCACGUACAGCAUCGCCUCGCUCGUCAAGCGCGUCGCUGUCAUCCUCACCGCCCUCGUCUGGUUCGCGCAGCCCGUGCACCCCGUCCAGGGCCUCGGCAUCGCGCUCACCUUCGCCGGGCUCUGCCUCUACAACCGCGCCAAGGGCGACGUCGCGCAGGGCGAGACGCGCAUGCGCAGGGUCAACGCUGCGCGCGACAUGGCGCUCCCGACCACGCUGCGCGACCCCAUCCUCGACCCGGACAUGCGGCUGCCCCCCACCGUCGUCGUCGACGCCCCCCCGCCCGCAGAGCCCGCGCUCGCCUUCGCCUCCGCGUACACCCGCCCGGGCGCGCACGCGCACAUCCACCCGACCGCCGCUGCCGCUGCGCACCCGUUCCCCCCCUCGGCUCUUCCCGCGCCGGUCCCGGCCACGCCGCCGCCGUCGUACUCGCAGACGCACCCGCAUCCGAACCUCCACGUCAAGAUCGCGCAGCCGAGCGGCACCCCGCCCGUCGGCUCGUACCCCUCCCCGCCGCCCUCGCUCGACUCGCCCCCGCCGCAGCACCCCGCGUGGCCCGCGGCCCGCCGCGGGUCUAUGGUCACGGGUCACCCGCCGCCGCACGCCAUGCUCGAGGCGUCUGCGCCGCGCGCCGCCAUCGUCGCGUAG